AUGUCUACUUUUAACACCAAUAACCCGCUCCAGCUGGCGCCUGAGGUUGAGGAAACGACCGAACUCGAUGAAUUGCUGGAGGAGGAUAUUGGGGGACGAGUCCGGGCGCAGAAAAAGGGGCUUCGAGGCAUCGAUGACGACUCUUCCGAUGAGGAUGCGCCUGUGAAGGGAGCAAAUGGACAUGGAAACAACGACAGUGACAGCGACAUGUUCAGUGAGGACGAAGACGAAGAGAACAAAGAGAAGGAUAACGGCGACAGGCCCGAGGAGGAGGAGUUUGAUGACGAGAAACCGCAGUUCAUGGAUAUGGAAAAGUUUGAGGGCGAUGUCGGUACACACACCACUGUGGCCCCUCUAGAAGAAGAGGAGUCCGACUCGGAAGUGGAUAUUGACUACUACACAAAGGACGACAUGGACGGACUGGAUGUGGAUCUGAGCAGGGCAAAGAAAUACACACCCAAGAUGGAAUCGUUCAAUCUCAAGCAAGACUUGGAGGAGGGCAAGUUCGAUCAGGAAGGCAAUUUUGUCAAAAACGCUCAGGACGAAAAGGAGCACCAAGACUUGUGGCUGGAUGGAGUCAGCAAGAAGGAUAUUGCUGCUGCCAAGCGUGCGCAACAGUCCAGGAAGGAAUCCGCUGCUGCUAAACCGAUUAUUUCAAAGGUUGAGCUGUUGCAACAACUGUCGGAAGUGCUUCAGAGUGGAGAAUCGUCCUUAGCGGCUCUUGCGCGACUAGGAAAGGAGCGCAAAAAGCUCAAUGGUGACGAGAAAAAGGCUAUGGUACAGCAAAUCGAACAGCUGACCGAGUACUGUGACGCUUUGCUGUCUAGAGACAUGUCCAACAUCUAUGACAUGACUCGAGAAGAGGUCCAAAAGGAGUACUGUUUGUUGACGGGCCAGUCGGUCAAAGAUCUGAAACGAAAAGUGGAUGAGAUUGAAGACGAGCAGGAAGAAUGGGUGUUUCGAUGGGCAGAGGGAGAAGAGGUCCACGGUCCCUUCACUAGCUCCAUGAUGAAAGGAUGGUCAGAAGGGUACUUUACGGACGCUGUGCAGGUAAGAAAGGUCGGAGAAAGAACCUGGAUGAACCAUGGAAAGUAUGACUAG